AUGUCCGAAGAGAGUCAGUGCAACCAAGAACUGGAGUCACCUGGACCAGCAUGGCCGGACUUUAAGGCACGAAUUUUCAAUCCAACCGUUAACAGCGUCAGCCUUGAGUUUUCAUUGCUGGAUGAUGCACUGGUCUACAGCGUGGAGCAAUACCAUAAUCGACAUGGCUGGCAGCAGGCGGAGUGGACCAGCAGCUCUCCCGUAGAUGUCACCAAUCUGGAGGAGAACUUCGGGUAUCGGUUGCGCAUCAAAGCGCUUCAGAUUGCUGAAAACGGCAGUCGUUACGUGGCUUUGGCCAUUUCUCCGGACAUAAUAGCUUGCACGGAGGCUGCACUGCCAACAACCAAUUGCCUUAACCGAGCCAUUAGAAAAGGUCAGCAAUUUUUGGUGAAACGUAUGCUGCGCCGGCGACCGAGCCUCAUAGAAUACCCAGAUCCCAAUGGAUACAUGCCACUGGCCAAUGCGAUUAUUCAGGGCGAAAUGUGCAUUAUAGACGUCUUGCUAUCGGCUGGCUGCAGCGUCCACCUGGGAAAUUCUGGCAGCGGGAGGACACCAUUACAUUUGGCUUUCUACUUCGGCCACCUGCCAUCGGCGCGUAUCCUACUGAAUAAGAAGGCUCAGCUGGAGGCGACGGACUGCAAUGGAAUGACGCCCACGCACUGCGCCGUCGACGCAAAUCAGCUCGAAAUGGUGAAGUUCGCCCUGGAGUCGGGCGCCAAUCUGGAGGCCAGGGAUGCCUGUGGCUGGACCGUUCUCAUGCACGGAGUGGUUAUGGACUCAAGCCUGGAGAUUAUAAAAAUACUGGUUACCCACGGGGCAGACCUGACGGCUGUGGAUGGCGUUGGGAAAUCCUGCAGCGAAUUGGCAAAGCUUUAUCGAAGGCAGCAGGUGGCGGACUACUUUGAAAAUGUGCUCAAGUGUAGGUCAAGUAAAAGCGUGAUUCCCGCUAACGGGGCUGAAGCUGAAGUUCAACAAUAA